AUGCAUCCCCUUGGAUUUACUGGGGACUUGAUGCAUGAUCCUCCAGUGCUGGCUCCCAUAAAUUCUGAUGGAUGUGAUGUUCAAGAACAAGAUCCAACAUUUGCAUUGGAAGCAAGAAGUGCCUUCUGGUCUCACUUCAGGGCCAUGAGUGUUGGUGAGGAAGUUGGCCCUAUCAAUUAUGUGACUGAAUUCCAUGCAGACCCAGACAAGGAAUGGAUGAAGGCCACCCUAGAGAACCCAGAAAAAUUGAAUGAAGUGGGAAUGGCAACAAUCCCAGGAUGGUGGUGUGACCUGAAAGUUGGUCAGGUGACUGCUACGGUGAAGCCACCAACUUUAACCUCAUUGAAGAUAACAAAAAUGAAGAAGAACAUUACUCCAGAACUGUAUGAGCUGAUUGUAGAAGAAUUCACUCUGUGCAAGGCAAAGAACUCAAAGAAGAGGAAGACAAAAGGAGGAUUACAAGUGAACCUGGAUCCCAGAGAUGAUCUCACAAUGCCAACAACAUACUUCACCACCCAGAGCACCAUUAUAUAUUCAAGUCUGAGAAGAUCUGAGAAAGACUAUGAAGAAAUUUUGGAGAUUGAGAAGAAGAAAUUGCAGAUAGAUGAUGAUGUUGAAGUCCCUGAAACAGACAAGGAGGAAUGGAAGAGUUUGACUGCUGAUGAUGCAAGGACAAAACACCUGUACAAGUUACUAAAGGCAAGGAUAGAAUUCUUGGAGGGAAAGGUGAAGGAAGUCAUGAAGAAAGGGAAGAAGAGCAUUACUCCAGAACUGUAUGAGCUGAUUGUAGAAGAAGUCACUCUGUGCAAGGCAAAGAACUCAAAGAAGAGGAAGACAAAAGUAGGAUUACAAAUAAACCUGGAUCCUAGAGAUGAUCUCACAAUGCCAACAACAUACUUCACCACCCAGAGCACCAUCAUAUAUUCAAGUCUGAGAAGAUCUGAGAAAGACUAUGGAGAAAUUUUGGAGAUUGAGAAGAAGAAAUUGCAGAUAGAUGAUGAUGUUGAAGUGUUGAUGAGUCCUGACUGA